UGCUGGAUGGGCUCUGGCGGCUGGGAGGAGCUCCGAACCCACCUCGGCCAAAGCGGCUGCAAAAUUGGCGCGGGCAGGUCUGGGCGUCCCUCUACUCCGGGAGACUAAGGCCCAGCCAUGGGGAAGCUGCUGGCGCUCGCCAUCGUCGGCCUCGUGGGCGCUUUAAUUGGAGAAAGGCUGCUGGGAUUUCGAAGCAGAAUGAAUGCCUCACGUGAACUAAAACCAAAGCGGCUGCCUAAAUGCCACCUUAUUAAAGGAAUUGAGGGAGGCUCAGAAGAUAUUGAGAUACUUCCUAAUGGCUUGGCUUUCAUUAGUUCUGGUUUGAAAUAUCCUGGGUUACCGAGCUUUACACUGGAUAAAAGAGGAGAAAUACUGUUGAUGGAUUUAAAUGAACAAAAUCCUCAACCAGUGGAGCUCAGAAUCAGCCGUGGGUUUGAUCUGGCAUCUUUCAACCCUCAUGGAAUCAGCACCUACGUUGGGGAUGAUGAUUCUGUGUACCUCUUUGUUGUAAACCAUCCACAGUACAAGUCAACGGUGGAGCUCUUUAAAUAUACGGAGGAAGAUAAUUCUCUUGUGCAUCUUAAAACAAUCAAGCAUGAACUUCUUGGAAGUGUGAAUGAUAUUGUGGCUCUGAGUCCAGACAGCUUUUAUGCCACCAACGAUCAUUAUUUCACAGGACUGCCCCUGAUGUUGUUGGAGAUGUUUCUGGGUUUGUCCUGGACAAACGUUAUUUACUACAGCCCAAAAGAAGUUAGGGAAGUGGCAUCAGGAUUUUACUCUGCCAAUGGAAUUAAUAUUUCACCAGAUGGACAGUAUGUCUAUGUUGCUGAUUUGAUGGAUCACAACAUUCAUGUUUUGCAAAAACAUGCCAAUUUCAGUUUAACUCCUUUAAAGGUGCUACAAUUGGACACUCUAAUCGAUAACAUAUCUGUCGAUCCUUACACUGGAGAUAUUUGGGUCGGAUGUCAUAUCAAUGGCCUCAAGAUCUUCUACUAUGAUCCAGAAAACCUUCCAGGUUCUGAGGUCCUUCGCAUUCAGAACAUCCUUUCUGAGAAGCCUACAGUCAGCCAAGUGUAUGUGGAUGAUGGCUCGGUAAUUCAGGGAAGCUCAGUUGCCACAGUGUACGGCAAGAAGCUCCUUAUUGGUACUGUAUUUCACAGAGCUCUGUCCUGUGAGCUGUAACUUGCCCAUCAUGAACUUUGCCACAUGGAAAAGGAAUCAGUGACAUCUGCCACCUGCCAUUCUGAAAUGGCUAAAUCCAACCUGUGUUGCAGUCAAGGUGAAUUGGCAUGUUCUUGGCUUUUUCUCUCCAAAAGCCAGGAAUGCAAGAACGGCUAUGAUUUUUAUAAGGAAGCAGCAGUGCUUGGAAGAAAUGUUGGAUAUUUGCAGUAUGAUUGGGUUGAGACUCAAAUUACAUUUCCUUUUUUUCUAAAAAGGACAUGACUUCCUACAUGAAAGGCUGGUUAUAACUUGCUGUCUUCAGGUCCAUGGAGGAAAAUAAAGACCACCCUUAAAAAACACUGAUGUCAGAAGUUAUCUACAAACACAGUCGUUCUGUUAGGGUACUUAAAUUGUCAAUCAACUUUUUUAAAAGCUCUGAAACAUUUGAGACCUUUAUAGUUUGUUGUUGUUGCUUUUGCAUUGUUCAUGUUCUACUUUGUAUUCAUUCAUACAUAUGCCUUGCCCUUUAUGGCCAUAUCGCCCUCUUCCCUCCCUCACAAACAAGAUUUUCUCUUUGGUUCUUUCUUUCUUCUUAUCAAUUGGUCUAUGUCUGUCCCACCCUCUCACUUUAUUUUAUAUUUUGAUGCCAGCCCAACCCAGAGACUUGAAGGAAGAGACAAAAUCACCAUCUUAUCUUCUACUUCUGAAAUGGCACAUGAGAGGCUUUUGGAAGUUUGAACUAAACAAAGUAUUGUACUUAACUUGGAGAAGAAAAUAUCAGAUGGAAUCAGGGUAGGAUGUCUGCAGUAGACUGAUAAUAAAUUCAAUAAUAUGUUGCCAA